AUGUAUUAAAAUUCUGGUUUGACUUAUCAUAAUGUUGAUUCAUAUAUAGAAACAGAAGGAUUUUUUUGUUUUGAAUAAUUUUCAAGACUUGAUUUAAAGAAGAAAAAUUGGGAGGAAAGUUUAAAUAGUUUAACAGAUGAUUUAAUUGCACUUAAAAGUGAAUAUGUAGAUUUAGAAAAUCUUGAAAUAUUUAUUGCUCUUUUAGAAUUCUUAGAAAAGAAUAUUCAAGAAUCUGAAAUAGGAUCACCUUAUUAUUAAUUAAGAUAAGGUAUGAACUAGACUUCUAUUAAUAAUUAUAUUAAUGAUAUGCUUGAAAAUAUAGAAAAAAGUCUAACUUGUGAUUCAAAUGAUUAUCGAGCAAUAGAUUAUCCAGGAUUAUUGAAAUUGGAAGACAUUUUAAGUUUUUUAAAAGAAUCUAAAUUUAUUAAAUCAUAUUCAUAGAAAGUAGAUUAAUUACUAUAAUUGUAAAAGGAAAAGAAAUAAUAGUAGAUUAAAAAGAAAAAAUGA